AUGUCACGAACAAGAGUUCUGCUGAUCGGAGCCGCGGGUGAGACCGGAGGUUCAAUUGCAAAUGGACUGUUGGAGCAACCGACCUAUGAAAUCCACGCUCUUAUUCGGCCCCGUUCUGCUCAGAAACCCGCCGUUCUCGCCUUGCAGGACAAGGGAGUGCACAUCCGCAAAUGUGACCUGAAAUCGACAGAGGAGGAGCUAGAGAAGGCACUGGCUGAUAUCGAUGUCGUUAUCAGCUGUGUCGGUUCUGCAGAACAGCAAGACCAAAUUCCCAUCGCCAACGCGGCGAAGAAGGCCGGUGUUAAGCGAUUCAUCCCCUGUGGUUUCAUCACCGUCGCGCCACCCGGUGGUAUCAUGUGGUUGAGAGACGAGAAAGAAGUCGUCUACAACCACAUCAAGCAACUCCGCCUUCCUUACACCAUCAUCGAUGUUGGCUGGUGGUACCAACUCUCUUAUCCUAGACUCGAAUCCGGUAAACUGGACUAUGCAAUGACGGCUGCCAACAACGAAGUCGUCGGAGAUGGCAACACGCCCCUGGCCCUGACAGAUCUGAGGGAUAUCGGGCGCUACGUUGCUAAGAUCAUUUCCGACGAUCGCACAUUGAACAAGAUGGUCUUUGCAUAUGACGCAGUGCUCACCCAAAAUGAAAUAUUCAGCCUGCUUGAAGAGAUCAGUGGGGAGCAGAUUGCUCGAAACUACAUCUCAGAGGAGUUGGUUCAAAACAGGGUUCUUGCCGCCCGUCAGUCAAGCGAGACCUAUCCUUUCGACCCAGUGAAGUUCAUCCCCCGGUACCUAGCAGAGUACCAGCUGUCAUGGGGCAUUCGCGGCGACAACACUCCUGAAUAUGCCAAGUACCUUGGUUAUUUGUCGGCUAAGGAGCUUUACCCCGACUUCACAGGUAUUGAAUUCAAGGAAUAUCUAAGCGAGGUCUUCAAGGGUACUGCCAAGGGAAUUUACACCGACCGGACCAUCUCCAAAGCCCACCAACGCAUGUUCCCCCGAAGCGAGUCUUCCGAUUCGUUACAAGGCCGCUUUUUCCCAAGGACCGAGUCCAGCGACUCUCUCUACAUGUCUCGGUAG